ACAGCCGGCACGCAUUGUAUCCGAUCUGUGUCUCGAUCUGUGCCGGUCCGAGGGGUCAAAUGUGACCCCCGAGAGACUGGGAGCAAAUUUUCAGAAAGUAGGGGAAAUCAACCACAGGGAGUCCAGCCAUGGUCAGGGAUGACUUUGACAAGACAUACAAGCCCUUUGCAGGAGCUGUCACCGGGGAAUCUACAGAUGUUACCUGCAGCUUAACUGACACGCCCACGAGGAGGUGUCUGUCCAAAUCAAGUCUUAACAAGUGAAACCUGGUAUAAAGGGACUAAUAUCCUUACAGGAAAUAUGUGAUGGUAAGGCUGCCAAAAUCUCCUGCUCUGAGAAAAAAACUAAGUCCAUGAAGAAGGAAAAGAAGGUUGUGUAUGUGGAUCCACCAGAUGGCGGUUGGGGUUGGAUGGUGGUUCUGCACUGUUUCCUGGUGAAUGUGUUGGUAAUGGGUACAUUGAAGAGCUUUGGGAUCUUCUUUGUGGCAUUGCAGGAUGAGUUUGGAGGCUCGUCAGAGAGCAUCAGCUGGAUUGGAUCCAUCAUGUCUAGCCUCAGGCUCUCCGGAGGUCCGUUGGCCUCGGUGGCCUGUGCCAAGCUGGGCAACAGGGUUACCUCCAUAGUGGGGGCACUUCUCGUCAGUGCCGGCUUUAUCUCCAGCUUAUUUGCCACCAAUGUGAUUUACCUUUACAUUAGCAUGGGGAUAGUUGUUGGUCUCGGGUUUGCUCUUCUUUAUCAGGCCACAUCUGUUGUAACAGUGACUUAUUUCCGAAAGAGGCUUGCAACUGCAUAUUCUAUUGGCCGCUCUGGCAUGGGUUUGACCUUUGCCCUUGCUCCUUUCACUCAGCUGCUUUUGGAUCAUUAUGCUUGGCAGGGAGCUCUGUUGAUUUUGGGAGGUCUCAUGCUGAACCUGGUGGCUUCUGGGAUGCUUUUGCGGCCCAUUAACAUUAUACCUCCAACUCCAACACCCAUGUCAAACUCCCCUCUUCAUAAAGCUGGAUCUGAGAAAGAAACUCUUAAGAAUCAUAUGAAUGGCAGCACAUCUUUGUCCAAUGGCACUUCCAAAAUGGACAGCUCAUCUCCCAUUUACAGGGACACACUUAUAAUAGAGAACCCUGUUCAUGAACAGAACACUCUUCCACAUCUGGAACUCAAAAAGUCCAUCCAGAAUGGGAUGAGCAGUACAGACGGCAACCAAAUUAAAACUUCCCCCACGAUGAAUGGGGUUUCUCCUGUGGACUCAUUUCUCGAGAACAACAAAACAGAAAAACUUCCUGAAAACCCACAAAAAGUGCUGGACUUCUCACUGUUGAAGAACCCUUUCUUUUGCAUCUACACCUGGUCGCUGGUCUUCAGUCAGCUGGCAUAUUUUAUACCUUACUUCCAUUUGUCUGCAAGGGCCCGGAACCUGGGCAUCGACCCUAUGGAUGCUUCCUUCAUCAUCUCUGUGGCUGGUAUAACAGAGACGGUGGCCCAACUUGCAUCUGGCUGGGUGACAGACAGGAAUCUGGUUCACAAAUAUCACUACCAUAAGGCCUACCUGAUCCUGUGUGGUGUGGUCAAUCUUCUCUCCCCUCUUGCCACCUCAUACAUCUUGCUCAUGGUCUACGCUGUCUUCUUUGCCAUCUUCUGUGGGGGGUACAUGGCUCUUCUACUUCCUGUAUUGGUUGACUUGGUGGGUUCUGAAAAGCUGAACAACUCGAUGGGUUUUUCAAUGUUCUUUGUGGGGCUUGGCUGUCUCACAGGUCCUCCUCUGGCAGGCUUCCUGUACGACUACACUCAGACCUACGACUGCUCCUUCUACCUGGCAGGAGUGUGUUAUCUGUUAUCAUCAGUUUCUCUUUUCCUCGAGCCUCUGGCGAGGCGCUGGCAAGCCCGAAAGAAGCGGCUAGAGAUGCUAAAUGAAGAAAUGAUGUGGAGUAACGGCUGUUUCUGCCCGGCGCCUCAGAGGAAUGGUGUUGUAUAAUAAAGGAAUAAAUUCAAAGCCAUUUUACUUUCCACCAUGUCAUGUGGUUCACAUUCUGAAGGCUGAUCGGAAGAGGACCUAACCUGAACAUUUGGUCGGGACCACAGCGUGGCAAGCAAAUGAACGUUCAUUUGAAUGCAGAGAACAGGAAGUUAAUGCUUUAAUGCAAACUAUUUUGUUAGUGGGUUCAUUUGAAUGGAUUGUGUUGAAUUGUUUUUAUAUAAAUUAAUAUAAACAAAUAGUAAGCUUCUCUCACCAACAUAUUUAAUGGCAUUCAGUUUAGCACAAGUACAAGAGUCUUUGUCACUACAUAAGCUUUUAUGUUACGGCACAUGAUGAAUCGUGAUCUUGCUACAUUAGAAAGUUACUCAGAUGCUUCCACCGAUAUGAUGGUAAUUUUGUAUCACAAGACACAUUUUACUCACCUAGGCAAAUAUACUAGUACUGAAAUAAGAGUAUUUUGUCAGAUGGUGAUGGGUCAAUGCAAUAAGCCUAUUAAGAC